GCCGGGCGGGCCGCGGGGCGCGAUGUCUGCGGAGAAGCGAUCCGGCGCCGGGCGGGAUGUCCCGGAGCUGACGGGCCGGGCCGGGAGGAGCGGGGCUCGGCGGAGUGCGCAGGGACCUUCCUUAACAAUGUGAGAAGGGACUCACACAAGCAUACUGUGGAUUUUUUAUCUGUACAUACCACUUGAUUAUUGUCUGUGUUCUACUGGUCAACCUGAAAAGAAAGAUCAAACAAAAAUUGUUGUCAGCUUUGCCCUAAAGCUGCCUGAAAUUUAUGACUCCUUUUGGAGAAACUACCUGGACUGUUAGAAAUGGAGCAGCUCAGGCUGUGUCUCUGAUCAGCAGAGCUCUCUGCGUGGAGUACAGAAAUCAAGUUGCCUUAAAUCAAACCAUAUGCAGGUUGCACUAAUUGUUGUAACUACUGCUGAUACCACUCCAGACUUCACUAGGACUUUCCAAGACAGUUGUUUCUCACGUGGCUUGAAUGUUUUCAACUGAUGUUUGAAUAUUUCUAUUCAAUCUGGUGUGACUGUGCAAAGUCAAAGGAGUUUAUUUUUGCCUGCUAAAUUAAUGGUGAAUUUUGAAGCCUCACUUCCAAGCGGGAUCUGUGCUAUGGCAGCAACCUACAGGCUUAUGGUCACAACUGUGAACUGCUACAGCAGCGUGGUGAUAGAACAGCACUUUCAGCACACAGUGCAUUACUGCACGGGGACCUGCCAGGUGUUUAAGCAAGGAGUUGCAUGUAUAGUUGCCCACCACAGUGUGUGUGCAGAACUCGGUGUCCAAGAUGCCAACCUAGACCACAAAAUUCCAGUUUCUGAAAACGGCCUUGCCUUACCUGGGAAUGAGGACUAUCAGCAAAUACUCCUGAAUAAUCCCAGAAUCAAAAAGGGCUCUUCGGUGCAAGCUUCUGGCAGUUUAAAAGACAUUACUGGUGAGGCAAUAAAUCUCGCCAGUGGUAAAAUAAAGGAAUUCUCGUUUGAGAAGCUCAAAAACUCUUCCAAUCAUGUGGCCUACAGAAAGGGGAGGAAAGUUCGUUCAGAAUCAUUCAGCAGACGAUCAUUUGAUUUUGACAUGAUUUAUGGGCACUUCAGCAACGAUGAGAACUCUCCUCCGUGUGGCUUUUUGCAGAGUCCCUCGCCUGUGGAGAAAUGGCAGGAGAGCAAUGAUGCUCCAGAAGUCGGUAUGAAUCCCAUGGUUCCCUUCUCACCUCAUUCCUUCUCUGACGAAAACUUCAUUACCCAGAUUUUGGAGAAGCACAAGCUGGAUGGUUCUUCUAGUGGAGAUAUUAAAGUGUGCUUAGACAUCUUGCUCAAGUGCUCAGAGGAUCUGAAGAAGUGCACUGACAUAAUAAAGCACUGCAUCAAAAAGAAAUCAGCAGACAGUGUUAGUGGAGGGAAUAGCAGCGAUCCUCUGGCUAGUUCAGAAAUGAUAUACGUGAAUCUGAUGAGAAGAUUUUCUUCAUACCUGAAAAAGUUACCCUUUGAGUUCAAGCCACCUGGGCACAAGGAGGCAGGUGAUCUUGGAGAAUUAGUGAACUGUUUUCAUGGCUUGCAGCAAACUCCCUUUUCGCCAAUAUUUGGAGAUGAGCAGCCACCUAGGUAUGAAGAUAUUAUUCAGCUUCCAUCCUCAAAUGCAGUUCCUGUCAGACCACCAGGCGACCAGUGUGAGGUGACAAGUGCCUCUCAGUCCAUCCAAACAAGCACUGUGAGCUUUACCUCAAACUCCCUUUGCAGCACCUCACAGGAGAACACUGUGAGAGCUGUGAAAGAUGCUUGUGUUCUACCUCAGUUAUCAGCCACAAGCCCUUCUGACUGCACACCUUCCACUGAGGUUUUGUACAUCGAGGAAGAGUCAGAUGGGGAAAGAGUGUUGGAGAAAACAACGAGGGCAAAGGAGAAGGAGGACUGGGAGAGUUUAAAGCAUAGCUACCAGCUAUCUGGUUCUUCAGAUGCGAUUGCUGAUGGUAAAGCAGAACCUACCAGGGUAGGAGGUGAACUUUCUCACGCUUCUGAGAAAAGUAAUCUUUUAAAACCAGUUUCAGAUUCUGUACUGCGUGGUUCUCAAGCUGGCAUCUCCAAAGGAGAACAGACGUGCAAGAUAGACAAGGAUGAAAUAGAUAAACUGCUGCUGGACUUGGAGCACUUCUCACAGAAAAUGGAGAGUACUUUUAGGGAGCCCCCUCCAAAGGAGAGCGAACCUGCCUGUCUGCAGGUGUUUGGCUGGCAGGGUAGGCCGGUACUACCUGCGGCUCUUGAACCCAAAAGUAAACCCAGUGACCCCACUUCCCCUUUGUCAAAAAUCAUGGAAACCAAUGGUCAUAAAAUGGAAGAAGAUGACAGAGCCCUUUUAAUGCGUAUCUUAGAAAGCAUCGAGGACUUUGCCCAGGAACUAGUGGAAUUCCAGACAGGCAAAGGAAGCUUGUCCAAGGAGAAGGAAGUGAUGCAAAUUCUUCAGGAAACUUUAUCAACUCCUUCACAGUCCCUCCUUGCAGGGCAAAAAAGCCAUGCUGGGGCUGCCUCCAGAGACUCUGUUCCAGCUUUGAUUCAGCAGGCACCAGAAGUAAUUAAGGUUCAAAGCAAGCAAGAGAAGAAACCUGGAACGUCAUCCCCAGUCCCUUUGAACUCAGUGGUUAGCCCUUGUGCUCUGCCUGUGAGUAAAGCCACCAGCAGUACCCCUUUGUCCGUAAACAUUCCACGUUUCUACUUCCCUAAAGGACUUCCCAAUGUCUGCACUAAUCAUGAAGAGAUCAUUGCCAGGAUUGAAGAAGCCUUCACAGAGUUUGAAGAUGAGAAAGCCAACAUCUGUGAAAUGGGAAAAAUUGCAAAGAUAUGUGGCUGCCCACUCUACUGGAAAGCACCUAUGUUCAGUGCAUCAGGAGGACAAAGGACAGGAUGUGUAUCUGUGCACUCCUUUGUGUCUUUGUGGAGAAAAAUCUUACGUAACUGCCAUGAUGACGCAUCCAGAUUUGCUUACCUUGUAGCAAAGCCCAGCUGUGGUUACCUUGAGCAGGAGGACUUCAUCCCGCUGCUUCAGGACGUGGUAGAAACACACCCUGGUCUGACGUUCCUAAAGGAUGCUCCAGAGUUCCAUUCCCGGUACAUCACCACGGUUAUACAAAGAAUAUUCUACACAGUCAAUCGAUCCUGGUCUGGGAAGAUCACCCUAACAGAGCUGAGGAAAAGCAACUUCUUGCAAACUCUUGCUCUCUUGGAAGAAGAGGAUGACAUAAAUCAAAUCACAGAUUAUUUCUCCUACGAGCACUUCUAUGUUAUAUACUGUAAAUUCUGGGAGCUGGACACUGACCAUGACCUUUAUAUCAGCCAGAAGGACCUGGCUAGGUACAGUGAUCAAGCUCUAUCAAGCAGGAUUAUUGAGCGAAUAUUCAGCGGUGCUGUGGUGAGGGGAAAUGAAGUUCAGAAGGAAGGCCGCAUGAGUUAUGCUGAUUUUGUGUGGCUGCUGAUUUCAGAGGAAGACAAAAGAAAUCCUACAAGCAUUGAAUACUGGUUUCGCUGCAUGGACCUGGAUGGGGACGGGGUGCUCUCCAUGUAUGAACUGGAAUACUUCUAUGAGGAGCAGUGUGAACGGAUGGAAGUGAUGGGCAUAGAACCACUGCCAUUUCAGGACUUGCUGUGUCAGAUGCUCGAUCUUGUUAAGCCAGAGAGAGAAGGACGAGUAACCCUGCGAGACUUGAAGAGAUGCAGAAUGGCUCAUGUGUUCUAUAACACGUUCUUCAAUUUAGAGAAAUACCUGGACAAUGAACAGAGAGAUCCCUUUGCAGUGCAAAAGGAUUUUGAAAACGAUGGCCCUGAACCUUCUGACUGGGACAGGUAUGCUGCUGAAGAGUACGAGAUCCUUGUGGCUGAGGAGUCUGGGAACGAGCAGCUCCAAGAAGGCAUUUACAGAGCCAUGAAAUAAGAGUCCUGAGAUGAUUGCCUAAUUUUCCCACAAUGGAAACUGCUUGGAUAACAGUAGCAUCCACUAAUUGGCCACUGGGAUUUACAAAGCCACGGAGAGCUGCAUUUGCCUUUCUCCCUGUGAUGUGCAUCCAAACAGCAAUAAGCUGUUUAUUCAUCUCCUUUGAGCUGCCUUGCCUUUUUGUGGCUUCCAUAAUGAAAGAUGAUGUAACAGAGGAUGGAAGAUAAAAUUGUUGUAUUUCCUGCAUCUGCACUGCAACACCUGUGUGCUCAGUACAGAAAAGAAAUAGGAAUCUGCCAUAGAAGCUUUGCAGGACCACGAAUCACCAAAUUCACCAAAAACGGAAUUGGUGAUGUCAGGUUUUUGAAGUCUGUCUGAAACAGCUCUGUGUCUUCCUCUAAAGAGCAUGUCAGCAACCUUGCUGCUUGCUUUUAAGAGCCCCUGAAAAGCUCUGUAGUCAUGGCAGCGACAUUAGAUCUCAUUUGUGGAGCAUAGCAACAGACCACAAAGGAAAAAAAGGAAGGGAAAAAGAAAAACAAAGAGCUGGAUGCCCAGACAAAUUUGCUAGAAAGAGGCAUUGAGUUUUUGCAUAUUCAUCAUUUCUGCUGUCCUUUGAGGGUGACAGAAACAGAGUGGGACAAAACGAAGAUGAUUUAUGAGCUCUAUGAAGAAGCAGAUGAUUUUUUAGCAAAGGUAGCUGGCAGAAUGUGAAAUUCAGUGGUUGUCUGAAUAGAUUUGAGAAUAACCAUCAUUCAGCAAUUGCAGAUGAAUUAGUUGGCAUUCUGCACUACAUUUAUGACUUAAUCCUGCCUGUAGCUUUUCUGACUGGAGGGUUUCUGACACCAGUUGGUGUCUGGCUGCCUGGAUGCUUGUCUGUGACAGGGCACUGCCUGUGGAAGAGGAAUCUCACCAAGACAUAGUGGAUGCUCACACAGACUUCAAGGAUGCUGUGCCUGUUCAGAGGUGGUCAGGCGCUGUCUGCGUAAUGUCAGGGAGAUCUUAAGUGUUUACUUCUGAUCCUGAGUGGCAGCUUCAGAGAUUUGCAAGUACUAGUGUGGUAAAUUAAAUACCUAUGUUGGAAAACACAAGGACAACACACUCACCAAAAAGAAGAGAAAAGAAAGGUGUUCUUUUACUCAAAACAACAAUUUGGAGCGUGGUGUUUCACUGAACGCUUAAGCUAAUCUGAACACUUCUCAGCCAUGUUUUCUGGUUUAUACAUCUGUGUAUGAGUUUUCGAGAAGAGAGCCUGUUCCCUGGUGAAUGCAUGCACAUGUUUUUGUGUAAAGGCAGAAGCAGUAGUUGAAUCUGACCACGAAGGCUCUGAAAGCAAAAUUGCUAUCUCACAGACUUUGCAGGUGAUGGCACAGAAGCCUCUCUGCAGCAGGACGUAAGGAUUGGCAGGCAGAAAUUGCUCCCAGGGCUUUGUUGUAUCUGCACAUGACUAAGAAGAGGGAAAAGCAACACGAGAAAUGGCAGAUGGCUCUUUUUUUGGCACUGUCCACACAGGGUAUCCGAGGAGUUAACCUUUUUCUAGGGCAGUUUAUCAAUGAAUAAACUGGAGCUAUUCCUGUGCUUGCCACUGGAAGACCUGCUGCAACAUUGCCUUCACAACAAGCGUUGCUUUCAGAACUAAAGAAUUUGAGUUUCUUGGGAGUCCUGAGAAAAUACCUUGUGAUGGGCUGAGGCUGGGGAAAAAAUAUCAUUUCUCAGCAAUAUACUGCAGCUGGCUGGAGAGGAGAAUUUGCAGACAAACCUCCCUAAGUCAUAAGCACAGAGAGCUGGAGCUUCAAACCAAGAGGGAGAGGAACAUGACAGAGUGGCCACAAUUGAUUUUUCUGUGAAAACGAAAGCAUAUCAUAAGCUCAAAAAUACUUUGGAAACCAAGUGUUAGUGAGCAGGUCUGAGCAAGCCAAGUUUCCUCUAGGAGCUGAAUCUGUGCCUGAGCAACUUGAUUUCUACACUAAGGCUACUGCAAGAUACUGACUAAAACUGUAUUCAGAUUUCUAAAUGCCGAACACCAAUGAAAAGCUGUUUCAGAACUUAUGAAUGAGAAUGGAUAGAGGACAGUCAGCUGUCAGAGUGCUGCCUACUGAGGCACUGUGCCUUACAAAUAUGCUCCUUGAGGUUAACAUCCUGCAUGUUAUCGUAUUUUAGUCACAUGGUUUAGCGGCUGCUGAAAUAACUUAGCUGAAAAGUGCUCUCACCAAAAAAUAGCUUUUAAAGACACACCUUUUAUCUUUACAGAUCAUUUGAAGAAGACUAUGAGACAGAUGAAGUCUUAUCUCCCUCUGAAACUGGAGACAAGUCAAACUAGUUAUCUCAGAUCUCUUAGCAUAGAGAAUGGAAGAUGUGUAAUCAGUGUCUGUCGAACUGGAUAGCAGUCAGUCCCAAGAUGCUUAGGGACAGUUAGGGAUUUUUCUUAAGUCUGUCAUUGGAGCAAUGUGUUUUAUUUUGUACACUGUAACUUGAAACCCCCUUUUUUUUUUCUUCUUGUGUAACUGCAAUAAGAUAAUUUCUUUAAAAUAGCUUUCUGCAAUGUGUUACUGUGCACACAUUAAAAAUGGUGAUUGCACCUUGUUUCCUUUAUAUCUUUUCAUAUAAAUGUCCCCAGAUGUGCAAUAAAUGCCAGCAUCUCAUGACAAACUCACAGCUGCGUGCAACAUCUACAGCGGUCAUUGGUUCAGUCCUGUGCCAUUAUGACUCUCUGACUUCACAACAGGAGUGACGGAAGUUGCCAAAUUAAUUUAUACAUAUAUGGCUAGAGAUCAUUUAAAACACAAAUCACAGUGCAGUCCUUGGUUUUGCUGGUGUCCUGAAUACCAAAGGCAACAUGCCUGCAGAUAGGGAGAAUGAGGUCCCCUUCUGUGAUACAAAGCUCUUGUAGAUGGUACCAAACAAAUUGUACUUGUAUGCCUGUGAACAGUUAAAAUGAUGUCAUGUUUCUCUUAGAAUUUAUGAUACAAUUAACGUUUCUGCGUAUUCUUUUGUGUGUGAGAGGCUCUCCUGUAUGAAUACCAGUCAGGAUAGUGGUUUUUUCUCUGUAGAAGUGUUUUCUAGUAUAUUUACAAGAGAUGCAUGCACUGUUCAGCCAGUGUGCUGGAACUGCUGCGUUCUGUGUGCUUCAGUUCUGUUUCUUUCCUGUGCUCUUCCCUUCUCUUGUACUGCUAAUCUGUAGCCUUCUGCAAGGGUCUAAGCUGAUACCAUGAAAAUACCUGCCUUACCCGUGUGUGGUAAAUUCCUGUUAACAGAGGGAUUCUUUACCUGGUAAAGAAAACCUCCAAACAUUACUGAUUUUUUUUUUUUUUUCCACCCAUGAAACAGACCUAGAUUCAGAGAGAAAGCAGUGUAACUGAUGAAUUCUUGCUGUAAGUGCAAAAUUGAACUGACUUUCCCAUGGAAUUACAAUUGAUGUAGAAAGACAGAACCCAUUCACUUCAUAGACAGAUAGCUUGUGGAUACACAUGCUCACUGUUAUCCCAGCGUGUUUGGUGCAUAAAAAUGCUGCCCAGUGGUACAUUCAUCCCUAGAUGCUAUGUCUAAAUGUUGCUGUUAGUAACAAGUAAGGAAUUGGCUGAUCACUACAACCCAGCUUCAACUUUUCCAGGAGCCUUUGAAGUGUCACGCCUGCCUCCCGAUGCCCAGGUGGGACAUACUGCUGCCUUGCUGAGGUUAGUAACUCUCAUCAAGAUCAAAAUCUGAAAGGGAGGAAGUUAUCAGUUACACUGGGCUCAAAGAACUGUUCCCUUUCCCAUGAACAAUGUUGCUAUUUUAUCUAGAUCCAUAUACACAUCCCAGGAUCCUGGAUUUUUUCAUAUAUUGGGGGAGCUUCUGGAUGCCCAGAUUCUUAGCAAAGGUACUUUGAGGUCAUCUCCAUUCUACAGUGAUAGAAUGAAGGAGGGGGCACUGACCAAGGCAGGGUAAGCCCCUUCAAAUGCAACGAGCACACAAGAGUAGCUCUGUUCAACUUCAGGAUGUCUGAGUUACAUCUCCAUCACCACUGUAACCCUUGGAGAAGCUUGUGGAAUAAUUCUACAGAGAUCCAUGUUCAGAAAAAAAGUAAAUGAUUGCAAAAAUGAACAUAGGAUGGAAAUCACACAACAGCCAAUUAGAACCAGCUCUUUCUACUUCUUUCACCUGAAAGAACCAAGACAAAGCAUUUCACCUCUUUUCUUCAUUAUCUGGGCCUGAAGUGGCCUUUUACUCUUUGAUAAGAUUUUACAUCUCUCCAAAACAAAGAUUAUUCAAAGGAACAAGAGAAGAACCUGACCUAUUCCAGGAUGGAAAGAAAGCAAACAAAGAGGAGUAUCCUAAGCCUGGUAAAAUCACCUGUUACAUUUUCAAGCUUUGGCUUCAGUGAGGCAGACAUUCGUGGCUUUUGUUCUGAGCUCUUUCACUCCCAAACCCAAGGAUUUCUUUUUUAAAAAACAGGUUCUCUGCUGCUCUAAUGACAGUGAUUCCAUCUGUCCCUUCUAGCAGGGCAACACCGUGACACCAGCCUAAGGAAUAAAAAAAUAAUAAAAAAAAAUAAAGGACAACUUAGGGCAGAAGUUUUGCCUCAUGUACAAGAACGAGCUACAGAAACUAUAUGUAGUAACUUAUAGCGUUUGCUUUCUGGAAAAGAAAUCUGUUCUCUGUUUUACUAAUCCAUGUGCAGGUAAUCAUAAUUCAGCUGUCACAGAUUAAUUAGUGAAUGAGGUAUUUAUUCUACACCCCUUUGUGUCUUAGCCCUGUCAAAACUUCUCGUGGUAAAUUUGGAAACUCUGUCAUGCUCCUGGAGUUUCUGGGGUGGUUACAACAUCAGCAGAUCGGGGUGUUUGGGGCUGCAGACACAGUGCCUGCUCCCCUGCAGCACACACCAGCUUCAGAGGCUGUGCAGCUCUCUGAAAUGAAGCCAACGAACCCAAGAGUUACAGCACAGAACACUCACAGGAACCCACUGCGCUCGGGCUUUGCCUCCUGCCUGCAGCUGUCAGCGUGGCUGUAGAUGUCGCAUACCUUUAAAGACAGCUCUUACGUUUUUCUUUUUGGUUGUAAGUCUAUUAUGAGCUGGAUUCCUUUUGCUAAUGGAUAGUCAGAAAAGCGACUGCAAUUCAGUUCUGCAUGAUAAAAGAAUACGUGUUUGUUCGUCCCCUCUAGUCUGCUUUUGUCUGGCAAAAACAAGUCCCGUGUCCUUAGGAAAAAACCUUAUUUUCACAUUCACAAAUUUCCUCCGCACUGUUAAGACAGGAGAUGUGGUUCAAUACAACCACGUGCUGGAAUGGUACUGGGCUCAUUUUGUUCUUUUUCUCUGCAAUCUCGGUAGUAAUUCCUUCACCACGUUUUUCACCAGCAAGAAGCGCCCAGGCGCUGGCGCAGUUCCCCUUCUGCCGGCCUGCCACCACGCGGCAGUGUUGCAAAACAGACGCGGACAGCGAGAAAGAGGUGGCAGGCAGCCUCAGGUUGACAGAAACACUGCAGAAAACCUUUCUGCAAUGCUUUCGUGAACUAAGGAUGAAAGGAAGCUGACUCUGAACAAGGUCCGCGCUUAGCUUCUGAAAUAAAAUAUGCCUGAAAGAACAGGAAGGAAAAGCAGCGUACUUCUGGAGUACGGCACUUCACAGCAGCUGCAGGUCUACGCAAUGGAAGUGAACCUCAGCACGGAGCAGGUGUUACUGUGAGAAAGAAUUCAGCAGUGCGUGGCCUUUCCCUCUUUUCUCUGUAUCGCUGGGUGAUGGUUCUAGAAACUGAGUAUUUAAAUAAUAAAGGUUCUUAUACUUUGUAAAAGUAGUUUUGGAUGCGUUUUGUGCUGGUAUGGUUUUAUCUUUGUAUUUCUACUUUGUAAUUUCUUCAUUUCUUUUUGGCAAAUAAAGGACUUCUGAAAUGAGGAGGUAAAAUCUGUC